UAGCGCCUGCUGCUGGCAGCAUUUAGGCAAACGCUCUCAAACAGCCGUCCGCAAUAAUGUUGUACGACCCUCAUGCAACUGCCACAGGCCGACGUCAGCGUCUCUGCCUGCUGCUGCUGCUGCUGAUCGCUCUGGGCAGCUGCUGCUGCAGCGCCAGCAACAUAGCGCUGCUGCUGCGCGAGGGCAAGCACAAGCUGUGCGGCCCCGCCCUGAACGAGGCCAUGGACAUGGUCUGUGUGAAUGGCUACAACACGAUACCAAUGGAGCGCGAUCCCAGACUGGAGCCGUCACACCAGGGCUUUGCGCUGAGCCCCCUCCUGUCCAGCCUCUACGGGGCGGAGGUGUUGAUCAAGACGCGACGGCUGCGGCGACAGGGCGGCGGCAUCUAUGACGAGUGCUGUCGCAACUCCUGCACUCGGUCCGAGCUCUUGGCCUAUUGUCGCUAGUCGAGGACCACACGCACACACACACACGCA